AAGGAGGAAAAACUCUCCAAAAUCCUUAGCAGCAGCCAAUGCCCUCCCUCCUCCCCUCCUCCAUCCCCACUCGCUCCUCCAUUCUUUUCCUUCGCAUCUCCUCCCUCUCGUUCUUCUCCUCUUCCUCCGAUCCUUCGCCACCCCUUAACGACGAGACCGUCCUCGAGACCCUCUCCAGCUACGCCAACGACUGGCCCCGCGCCCUCGACUUCUUCCACUGGGUCGCCGCUGCCGGCGGCUUCUCCCACACCCCCGCCACCCUCGCCCGUGCCGUCGACAUCCUCGGCAAGCACUUCGAGUUCUCCCACGCCUGGUCCCUCCUCUCCUCCCACCAUCCGAGCCCCUCCUCUUCUCCCGACACCCUCCGCCCCGCCUUUCGCGCCCUCUUCAACCGCCUCGCCGCCGCCCGCCUCGUCUCCGACGCCCUCGCUGCCCUCCGCCGUGCCUCCGACGACUUCGGCCUCCGCGACCGCGCAACCUUCGACCUUCUCGUCGACGCCCUCUGCGACCACCGCCUCGUCCCCGAGGCCGAGGACCUCUGCCUCCGCUCCUCCUCUCCCUUCCCCCCUGACACCAAGACCUACAACCUUCUCCUCCGCGGCUGGCUCAAGAUUGGUUGGUGGGGCAAAUGCCGCGAGUUCUGGGACGAAAUGGACCGGAAAGGCAUCGCAAAGGACCUCCAUUCCUACUCCAUCUACAUGGAUAUCCUCUCCAAGUCCGGCAAACCGUGGAAAGCCGUCAAAUUGUACAAGGAGAUGAAGAAAAAAGGCAUCUUUUUGGACGUUGUAGCUUAUAAUACAGUAAUUCAGGCGAUGGGGCUCUCUAAUGGGGUUGAUUUCUCGAUUCGUUUGUACAGGGAGAUGAUCGAUUUAGGGUGCCAGCCAAAUGUCGCAACAUUUAACACAAUCAUCAAGCUGUUGUGCAGAGAAGGCAGGUUCAGGGAGGCGUAUGCGUUUGUUGAUCAGAUGAGGAAGAAGGGCUGCGAUCCCAAUGUCAUCACUUACCACUGUUUCUUUCAGAAUUUAAAUAGGCCACAGGAGAUUCUCGAGCUGUUCGAUAAAAUGGUGAAGAGAGGGUGCCGGCCAAGGAUGGAGACAUAUGUGAUGCUGAUGAAGAAGUUUGGGAGGUGGGGAUUUCUCAGGCCAGUGUUUAUUGUUUGGAAGGCAAUGGAAGAGCAUGGGUGUAGUCCGGAUGCGUUUGCUUACAAUGCAUUGAUUGAUGCAUUGCUGCAAAAGGGAAUGAUUGAGAUGGCUCGGAAGUAUGAUGAGGAGAUGCUGGCGAAGGGGCUCGCACCGAAGCCAAGGAAGGAGUUGGGGACUAAGGGACCUGGCAUGGAGUCUGAUGAUGAUAAUGCAUUGAGUGGUGUGUUUUGAAGAUGUGAGCAUGGUCUGUUGGACAUUCUGUGAAGGAAGAAAGAACUGCUGUCCGGUUUCAAAGAUCAAAGAUAUAUGUCACUGCUAAUGCCUCACGGUGUUGUUUAUUAUAUGGCAUCAAGGGUAUGAGCACAAUGUCUUUGAGGUCCUUUUGAAUGAUUGGACUAUGCGUUUUUAAAGCAUCAAAGAAUUGUACUGAGAAGACCCUCGUGAAGGAGGAUAGAAGGGUUGUGACACCUGAGAAUGAUGUUGAUAACAGCUGUUACAUUUUUCAAAGCAGAAAUGCAAACUCAAAUAUAGAAUUUUUUUCGAAGACAUGGUGGACGGAGGUGAUUCUCUGAUAGGAGCACUACUCGUCGUCGACAAUUGGAGAGAACUUUCCGUGCUUCGGUCUCUUCCCAAGCUAAUUUGAUCUGAAGUAAGGAUAGAGCUUGAAUUAUCGGGCGCCUCCCAAGCCUCUUGGUCUUUUAACGUGAGGAGGAUCUUGGCUGGCUCUCUCUAACACUGGUAAUGCCGGAGGCGGAAUCAGAGCUGGAGGAGCCCUUGAAGUUGGUGGCAGGGAUCUGCUAGGAGGGUGGAUUGCGGCGGUGGAGGGCGGCUAUGAAAGGGAUGUGGAUUGUAUCGCACGGGCAGUUGGCGAUGGGAGGGGAAGGAAUCAAGCACAUCGAAGAAAGGAUCAGGGAAGGCAUCAUCAUCGAGCUCCAUCUCAUCCAUGGGAGGGGAAGGCGAAGAAAGGAGGAGGGAGAAUAGGAGGAAUAAGGAGGUGGGAAUAAGAGUGACUAGGAGAGCCGUAAAGAUGGGCAGUGGAAUAAAUCGGUGACUCACAAAAAUUGGGAUUCAUGGAAACGGGAUUAAUCUUGGGCGAUAUUUGGCGCAAGUUGUGAUACGUGGCAAAAUAUUUUGGAAACAAAUGUCAAAUGGAGGCGCAAGUGAAUUGUACCAUUAUAAAAUUAAUCAUUGCUAUAUUGUAGCGUGAAAUGUUUAUAGAUUUAUUUUGGUGCAACAUAGAUCAAUUUCUCUGAUAAAUAUUUCAAUUAAUUUUUAUACUUACAAACCAUUUGUCUAUCUUCGCUUUCUUAUCAAUUUUUAUUUUCUUGGGCACUCAGGCUGCGAACUGGUACGAACCUCUAAUAUGUACCAAUUCAGCUUUUUGGUUCGUUGCUGCGCUCCUUAUCUGAAGCCACUGGCAUGGUCUGAGAUAAAAGAUAGCGCAGGCGAUCGCUUCUUUUGCUUAGCUGCUCCCCACCUAAUCCUAGGUUGCUUCACUCCAAAGAGAAGUACUUUGUCAGAAGGCAGAGCAGAGCAAAUCAAAAUGCUCUCCAUUUCAGUUCAAGGCAGAUUGCCCUCUUAAUACCCAAACCACCUUUCCCCCCACCUCACACCAAACCCUUCUUCUUCUUCUCCUCCUUCAAACCCUUCUUCUUCUCCAAACCCAACCCUAUUCCUCUCAUUCUCUCAUCUUUCUCUCCCCACAAAACCUCCACCCUUUCCAAGAGACUCACCCCCCUCCACCAAUCUGCAUCAGCCACCACCACGGAAGCCCUCGAGACCUCCUCCGAUGCCGACCAACCUGGAGAAGCUAGGGGUGGUGAAGAUGAUGGAGAAGCCGAGGCUGAUGCUCAAGUUCGGAUGGAGAAGAACAUUGGGCUCGUGCUGGACCAGAUGAUACCAGGCUACAGGAGUAUCCCGCUGAGCUCCUAGUACACAUGUCAAAUGGAGGCUCUACCAAUG